AUGUUCUGUUCUGGGAUGAUGGUGCAGAUAAGAGAUGUUCUGUUCUGGGAUGAUGGUGCAGAUAAGAGAUGUUCUGUUCUGGGAUGAUGGUGCAGAUAAGAGAUGUUCUGUUCUGGGAUGAUGGUGCAGAUAAGAGAUGUUCUGUUCUGGGAUGAUGGUGCUUAGUCUGUGGAGGAGAGGAUCAUCGUGGAACGGUUGGUGAGGGCCAUGUCACGGGGGAAGAAACUUUUCAGGCGGAGGGAGGUUUUUGGUCGUGAUUGACCUGAACUGUUUGCCAGAGGGGAGACUCCUGCACGCUACCUUGCGCUGGAGUCGUGCAGGACCUUGAUUAAGGGAAUGUGGCAGCCAAUGACUCUCUCAGCAGACCGGACAAUCCAUUGCAGUGAUGGGGGACGUGAGGAUGAUAGUCGUUUAGAACUGAAUCAGUACACACAUCAUUUAAAGGAGGACUGAGGACAACACAACACCAUCAUUCACCAAACAUUACACUGAGGACAACACAAAACCAUGCAUUCACCAAACAUUACACUGAGGACAACACAACACCAUGCAUUCACCAAACAUUACACUGAGGACAACACAACACCAUGCAUUCACCAAACAUUACACUGAGGACAACACAACACCAUGCAUUCACCAAACAUUACACUGAGGACAACACAACACCAUGCAUUCACCAAACAUUACACUGAGGACAACAAAACACCAUGCAUUCACCAAACAUUACAAUGAGGACAACACAACACCAUCAUUCACCAAACAUUACGCUGAGGACAACACAACACCAUAACCACCAAACAUUACACUGAGGACAACACAACACCAUGCAUUCACCAAACAUUACACUGAGGACAAAACAACACCAUGCAUUCACCAAACAUUACACUGAGGACAACACAACACCAUGCAUUCACCAAACAUUACACUGAGGACAACACAACACCAUAACCACCAAACAUUACACAGAGGACAACACAACACCAUAACCACCAAACAUUACACUGAGGACAAAACAACACCAUCAUUCACCAAACAUUACACUGAGGACAACACAACACCAUCAUUCACCAAACAUUACACUGAGGACAACACCAUCAUUCACCAAACAUUACACUGAGGACAACACAACACCAUAACCACCAAACAUUACACAGAGGACAACACAACACCAUAACCACCAAACAUUACACUGAGGACAAAUCAACACCAUCAUUCACCAAACAUUACACUGAGGACAACACCAUCAUUCACCAAACAUUACACUGAGGACAACACAACACCAUCAUUCACCAAACAUUACACUGAGGACAAAUCAACACCAUCAUUCACCAAACAUUACACUGAGAACAACACAACACCAUGCAUUCACCAAACAUUACACUGAGGACAACACACCACCAUCAUUCACCAAACAUUACACUGAGGACAACACAACACCAUCAUUCACCAAACAUUACACUGAGGACAACACAACACCAUCAUUCACCAAACAUUACACUGAGGACAACACAACACCAUCAUUCACCAAACAUUACACUGAGGACAACACAACACCAUGCAUUCACCAAACAUUACACUGAGGACAACACAAAACCAUCAUUCACCAAACAUUACACUGAGGACAACACAACACCAUGCAUUCACCAAACAUUACACUGAAGACAACACAACACCAUCAUUCACCAAACAUUACGCUGAGGACAACACAACACCAUAACCACCAGACAUUACACCGAGGACGACUCCACCUGGUCUGACCUGUCUCCUGAGUAGAAACCUGACUCCACCUGGUCAAAUGUGUUCUCUCUAAACACACUGACCCGUCUCCUGAGAACAACUGGAGUGAGAGAGAGACUGCCCACAAAAUGAGGUGGAAACUGAGCUGCACUUCCUAACCUCUUGCUAUAUGUACAGUGGCUUGCGAAAGUAUUCACCCCUCUUGGCAUUUUUCCUAUUUUGUUGCCUUACAACCUGGAAUUUAAAUUGAUUUUUGGGGGGGUUUGUAUCAUUUGAUUUACACAACAUGCCUACCACUUUGAAGAUGUAAAAUAUUUUUUUAUUGUGAAACAAACAAGAAAUAAGACAAGAAAACAGACAACUUGAGCGUACAUAACUAUUCACCCCCCCAAAGUCAAUACUUUGUAGAGCCACCUUUUGGGGUAUGUCUCUUGGCUGCGCAAGUUAGUAAAUUAAUAUUAUUCUAAUUAUUACUUUAUCAAAUCUCUAGUAAUCGAUUACACACACAUAAAAUUCAUCAUAUUUUUAUAUAUUCACCGAAUCCAUAUAGAAAGUUAGAAAUUGUUAGGUGCUCACAUCAACCAAUCCAUUCAUGUUUGUAAUGAUUCUCAAUCAACACAAAUCAAGUUCUUCAAACCUACUCCCAGCGGAACCAGAAAACACGGCCCGGCCUGUCAUGGGAACCUCCCAGAAAACACUGCCCGGCCUGUCAUGGGAACCUCCCAGAAAACACGCCCGGGGGACCCCAAAAACACGGCCGCCUGUCAUGGGAACCUCCCAGAAAACACUGCCCGGCCCGUCAUGGGAACCUCCCAGAAAACACGGCCCGGCCUGUCAUGGGAACCUCCCAGAAAACACUGCCCGGCCUGUCAUGGGAACCUCCCAGAAAACAAGGCCCGGCCCGUCAUGGGAACCUCCCAGAAAACACUGCCCGGCCUGUCAUGGGAACCUCCCAGAAAACACGGCCCGGCCUGUCAUGGGAACCUCCCAGAAAACACGGCCCGGCCUGUCAUGGGAACCUCCCAGAAAACACGGCCCGGCCUGUCAUGGGAACCUCCCAGAAAACACGGCCCGGCCUGUCAUGGGAACCUCCCAGAAAAUACAGACUUUCCGCUACUUUCUAAAAUAACAUCCCGCUCUCAAUACCACAAGGUAGCCGAUUUUGUUCUAUUGCCCAAUUACUUAAUUUCUUAAGUGACUUUUUCUCUCUACUAAUUAUAUUUCCAUUUUGCGCUCAUUAAAUCCCAUGCUUUAUACGCCUCUUUCAUAUAAUCUAAAUCCCAUUUCGGGUUGCUUACUGCAGUAUUGUGAAUGAUAAAUUCUGUAACUUAUCCUUCUUAAAACAACCUUCUUGAGGAUACUCAUUAUCUGUCCAUGCUGAUAAUCACUGAGAUAUGGUUCCACAGAGAAACAUCCUAAUUUACUUAACAUCCAUUCGCGCGGUGUCUGAUUUCCGAUAGUUUUCGUGUUUUAAUAAUUUAGUCAUUUCCUUUCUCUCUCUUCGAGGUAAAUCAGAUCUGAUUUAUUCUUCAUUGUGAUUUAUUCUUCAUUGUGAUUUAUUCUUCAUUGUGAUUUAUUCUUCAUUGUGAUUUAUUCUUCAUUGUGAUUUAUUCUUCAUUGUGAUUUAUUCUUCAUUGUGAUUUAUUCUUCAUUGUGAUUGUCUUGCCAGAUUCUACUGAGUCGGCUCCCCAUUAUUUUCUAUUAGUUCGUGCAAUGUUAGUAAUUAAAUAUUUGAAUCAAAUCCCCAACUUUAUUAAAAUGUUGUUUGUCUAUCUAGUUAUUGGUGCCAUGAUCCAAUAUGAUUCAUUGUAGCUGCUCGAGUCUUAUACCAAGUGAGUUAUUGUUUUCUCUCUCUCCUGACCGUUUUGAGUAAUUCACAAAGGACUAAUUCUGUACUGAUGAUUUACCACACCAAAGGCCUGUAACCUACCUCUUUAUAAUGCCUUUACACAUUAAGGGAUUCCUGCGCCCAAUCUUUUAUCCUCUGUUGUUUUUACUCAUUAAUCUGAACGCACACUGAUUUGAAUCAUAGCACCAUGUCAUUGUCUAAUUUGAUAUUCUUCGUACAUCACUUAACAUAAUUGAAUACCAAUCAUCUGUCCCCCUCAAAAAUAUUGAAUUUGAAUGUUCUUUUCAAUUCAGCUUUACCCCAGAUAAGCAGAUUUUAACACAAUCAGAAAAAUUAAAGUCUGCUAACCUGUUAGUUCGGCCGUAAACUGUAUCCUGUUCGUUAGACGCCAACUGUUAUGAUGAGUUUCUCUGGUAUCAAGGAAUUCAGGAUACAAGAAUAUACUCGAACACUUACAGUUGAAGUCGGAAGUUAACAUACACUUAGGUUGGAGUCAUUAAAACUCGUUUUCCAACCACUCCACAAAUUUCUUGUUAACAAACUAUUGUUUUGGCAAGUCGGUUAGGACAUCUACUUUGUGCAUGACACAAUACAUUUUUCCAACAAUUGUUUACAGACAGAUUAUAUCACAUAUAAUUCACUGUAUCACAAUUCCAGUUGGUCAGAAGUUUACAUACACUAAGUUGAUUCCAGAAAAUGAUGUCAUGGCUUUAGAAGCUUCUGAUAGGCUAAUUAACAUCAUUUGAGUCAAUUGGAGGUGUACCUGUGGAUGUAUUUCAAGGCCUAUCUUCAAACUCAGUGCCUCUUUGCUUGACAUCAUGGGAAAAUCAAAAGAAAGCAGCCAAGACCUCAGAAAAACAAUUGUAGACCUCCACAAGUCUGGUUCAUCCUUGGGAGCAAUUUCUAAACGCCUGAAGGUACCACGUUCAUCUGUACAAACAAUAGUACGUAAGUAUAAACACCAUGGGACCAUGCAGCCAUCAUAGCGCUCAGGAAGGAGACGCGUUCUGUCUCCCAGAGAUGAACGUACUUUGGUGCGAAAAGUGCAAAUCAAUCCCAGAACAACAGCAAAGGACCUUGUGAAUAUGCUGGUGGAAACAGGUACAAAAGUAUCUAUAUCCACAGUAAAACGAGUCCUAUAUCGACAUAACCUGAAAGGCCACUCAGCAAGGAAGAAUCCACUGCUCCAAAACCGCCAUAAAACUAUGGUUUGCAACUGCACAUGGGGACAAAGAUCGUACUUUUUGGAGAAAUGUCCUCUGGUCUGAUGAAACAAAAAUAGAACUGUUUGGCCAUAAUGACCAUCGUUAUGUUUGGAGGAAAAAGGGGGUUGUUUGCAAGCCAAAGAACACCAUCCCAACCGUGAAGCACGGGGGUGGCAGCAUCAUGCUGUGGGGGUGCUUUGCUGCAGGAGGGACUGGUGCACUUCACAAAAUGGAUGGCAUCAUGAAGAAGGAAAAUUAUGUGGAUAUAUUGAAGCAACAUCUCAAGACAUCAGUCAGGAAGUUAAAGCUUGGUCGCAAAUGGGUCUUCCAAAUGGACAAUGACCCAAGCAUACUUCCAAAGUUGUGGCAAAAUGGCUUAAGGACAACAGAGUCAAGGUAUUGGAGUGGCCAUCACAAAGCCCUGAGCUCAAUCCUAUAGAAAAUGUGUGGGCAGAACUGAAAAAGUGUGUGCGAGCAAGGAGGCCUACAAACCUGACUCAGUUACACCAGCUGUGUCAGGAGGAAUGGGCCAAAAUUCACCCAACUUAUUGUGGGAAGCUUGGGGAAGGCUACCCGAAACGUUUGACCCAAAUUAAACAAUUUAAAGGCAAUGCUACCAAAUACUAAUUGAGUGUAUGUAAACAUCUGACCCACUGGGAAUGUGAUUAAAGAAAUAAAAGCUUAAAUAAAUCAUUCUCUCUACUAUUAUUCUGACAUUUCACAUUCUUAAAAUAAAGUGGUGAUCCUAACUGACCUAAGACAGGGAAUUUUUACUAGGAUUAAAUGUCAGGAAUUGUGAAAAACUGAGUUUAAAUGUAUUUGGCAAGGUACAGUGGGAAAAAAUGUAUUUAGUCAGCCACCAAUUCUGCAAGUUCUCCCACUUAAAAAGAUGAGAGAGGCCUGUAAUUUUCAUCAUAGGUACACGUCAACUAUGACAGACAAAUUGAGGAAAAAAAUCCAGAAAAUCACAUUGUAGGAUUUUUAAUGAAUUUAUUUGCAAAUUAUGGUUGAAAAUAAGUAUUUGGUCACCUACAAACAAGUAAGAUUUCUGGCUCUCACAGACCUGUAACUUCUUCUUUAAGAGGCUCCUCUGUCCUCCACUCGUUACCUGUAUUAAUGGCACCUGUUUGAACUUGUUAUCAAUAUAAAAGACACCUGUCCACAACCUCAAACAGUCACACUCCAAACUCCACUAUGGCCAAGACCAAAGAGCUGUCAAAGGACACCAGAAACAAAAUUGUAGACCUGCACCAGGCUGGGAAGACUGAAUCUGCAAUAGGUAAGCAGCUUGGUUUGAAGAAAUCAACUGUGGGAGCAAUUAUUAGGAAAUGGAAGACAUACAAGACCACUGAUAAUCUCCCUCGAUCUGGGGCUCCAUGCAAGAUCUCACCCCGUGGGGUCAAAAUGAUCACAAGAACGGUGAGCAAAAAUCCCAGAACCACACAGGGGGACCUAGUGAAUGACCUGCAGAGAGCUGGGACCAAAGUAACAAAGCCUACCAUCAGUAACACACUACGCCGCCAGGGACUCAAAUCCUGCAGUGCAAGACGUGUCCCCCUGCUUAAGCCAGUACAUGUCCAGGCCUGUCUGAAGUUUGCUAGAGUGCAUUUGGAUGAUCCAGAAGAGGAUUGGGUGAAUGUCAUAUGGUCAGAUGAAACCAAAAUAUAACUUUUUGGUAAAAACUCAACUCGUCGUGUUUGGAGGACAAAGAAUGCUGAGUUGCAUCCAAAGAACACCAUACCUAUUGUGAAGCAUGGGGGUGGAAACAUCAUGCUUUGGGGCUGUUUUUCUGCAAACGGACCAGGACGACUGAUCCGUGUAAAGGAAAGAAUGAAUGGGGCCAUGUAUCGUGAGAUUUUGAGUGAAAACCUCCUUCCAUCAGCAAGGGCAUUGAAGAUGAAACGUGGCUGGGUCUUUCAGCAUGACAAUGAUCCCAAACACACCGCCCGGGCAACGAAGGAGUGGCUUCGUAAGAAGCAUUUCAAGGUCCUGGAGUGGCCUAGCCAGUCUCCAGAUCUCAACCCCAUAGAAAAUAUUUGGAGGGAGUUGAAAGUCCGUGUUGCCCAGCGACAGCCCCAAAACAUCACUGCUCUAGAGGAGAUCUGCAUGGAGGAAUGGGCCAAAAUACCAGCAACAGUGUGUGAAAACCUUGUGAAGACUUACAGAAAACGUUUGACCUGUGUCAUUGCCAACAAAGGGUAUAUAACAAAGUAUUGAGAAACUUUUGUUAUUGACCAAAUACUUAUUUUCCACCAUAAUUUGCAAAUAAAUACAUUAAAAAUCCUUCAAUGUGAUUUUCUGGAUUUUUUUUCUCAUUUUGUCUGUCAUAGUUGACGUGUACCUAUGAUGAAAAUUACAGGCCUCUCUCAUCUUUUUAAGUGGGAGAACUUGCACAAUUGGUGGCUGACUAAAUACUUUUUUCCCCCACUGUAUAUGUAAACUUCCGACUUCAACUGUAGAUGGAGAGUUGAUACAAUGUAUUUAAUAAUACCACGGUACCGGAUUCAACACAACAAGACACAAGUCAAUUGCCUCUUGCUAUUUGAAUGAUAGACAUAGAGAUCUCUCCGUUUCUAUACUAUAUUGUAAACUAAUUCUAGCCAACAGUUGCCAACCAUUAUUGGGUGUCAUCUUGCACCCCAGUCAGGACAUUCCAUCACGUACUCAUUCUAAGAUUAACACCAGUGGCCCCCAUCCUUCCUGGCACGCAGACUUAAUGGCAAUCACCAGUGACAUAAAUAAAUGGAAUGUCCUCAUCCUCAAAAUCCUAUGUAACAUGUCAUAUCACCACCAUUUGCUUCAUGCAGCGAGACUCAUCUCCUUCGCAUAGAGUUGAUCAGGUUGUUGAUUGUGGCCUGUGGAAUGUUGUCCCACUCCUCUUCAAUGGCUGUGUGAAGUUGCUGGAUAUCGGCGGGAACUGGAACACGCUGUCGUUCACAACGAUCUAGAUCAUGGAUCCAGUGACAGGCCUGGUGAAUAUGCAGGCCAUGGAAGAACUAGGAGAUUUUCAGCUUUCAGGAAAUGUUUACAGAUCCUUGUGACAUGGGGCCGUGCAUUUCAUGCUGAUGGCGGAUGAAUGGCACGACAAUGGGCCUCAGGAUCUCGUCAAGGAAUCUCUGUGCAUUCAAAUUGACAUCGAUAAAAUGCAAUUGUCCUCGUUGUCUGUAGCUUAUGCCUGCCCAUACCAUAGCCCCACCGCCACCAUGGGGCACCCUGUCCACAACGUCUCAGACAAUCCUACAGGUGAAGAAGAUGGAUGUGGAGGUCCUGGGCUGGCGUCGUGGAGGUCCUGGGCUGGCGUCGUGAAGGUCCUGGGCUGGCGUCGUGGAGGUCCUGGGCUGGCGUUGUGGAGGUCCUGGGCUGGCGUCGUUACACGUGGUCUGAGGAUGUGAGGCCAGUUGGACGUACUACCAAAUUCAAACUACGUUGUAUGAGCAUUACUUUAGAGAAAUUACCAUUCAACGCUCUGGCAACAGCUCUGGUGGACAUUCUUGCAGUCAGCAUGCCAAUUGCACGCUCCCCCUCAAAACUUCAGACAUCUGUGGCAUUGUGUUGCACAUUUUAGUGGACUUUUAUUGAUAUAAUAAAUAUAGUACUAGAUAUAGUAGAUAUAGUACUAGAUACAGAUACAGUGCUAGAUAUAGUAGAUAUAGUACUAGAUACAUAUACAGUACUAGAUGUAGUAGAUAUAGUACUAGAUACAGAUAUAGUACUAUAUAGUAGAUAUAGUAUAUAUACAGAUAUAGUACUAGAUAUAAUAGACAUAAUACUAGAUAUAGUAGAUAUAGUAUUAGAUACAAAUAUAGUACUAGCUAUAAUAGAUAUAGCACUAGAUAUAGUAGAUAUUGUACUAAAUAUAGUAUAUAUAGUACUAGAUAUAGUAGAUAUAGUACUGGAUACAGAUACAGUACAUAUAUAUUGUAGAUAUAGUACUAGAUACAGAUAUAGUACUAGAUAUCGUAUAUAUAGUACUAGAUAAAGAUACAAUACUAUAUAUAAUAGAUAGAUACAGAUACAGUUCUAGAUAUAGUUGAUAUAGUACUAGAUACAUGUAUAGUACUAGUUAUAGUAGAUAUAGUAGUAGAUACUGAUACAGUACUAGAUAUAGUAGAUAUAGUAGAUAGAUACAGUACUAGAUAUAGUAGAUAUAGUAAUAGAUACAGAUACAGUACUAUAUAUAAUAUAUAUAGUACUAGAUACAGAUAUUGUACUAGAUAUAGUAGAUAUAGUACUAUAUACAGAUAUAGUACUAGGUAUAGUAGAUAUAAUAGUAGAUAUAAAUAUAGUAAUAUAUAUAAUAGAUAUAGUACUAUAUACAGAUAUAGUUUUAGCUAUAAUAGAUAUAGUACUAUAUACAGAUAUAGUUUUAGCUAUAAUAGAUAUAGUACUAGAUAUAGUAGAUAUUGUACUAAAUAUAGUAUAUAUAGUACUAGAUAUAGUAGAUAUAGUACUAGAUAUAGUGCAUGUAGUAAUAGUUAGAGUAUAUAUAGUACUGGAUACAGAUACAGUACAUAUAUAGUAGGUAGCUUAGUGGUUAAGGUGAAAAAUCUGUCGAUGUGCCCUUGAGCAAGGCACUUAACCCUAAUAGCUCCUGUAAGUCGCUCUGGAUAAGAGCGUCUGCUAAAUGACAAAAAAAAAAAUAUAUAUAGUACUUGAAACAGAUAUAUUACUCUAUAUAGUAGAUAUAGUAUUAGAGAUAGUAAAUGUAGUACUAGUUAUAGCAGAUAUAGUACUGGAUACAGAUACAGUACAUAUAUAGUAGAUAUAGUACUAGAUACAGAUAUAUUACUAUAUAUCGUAUUUAUAGUACUAGAUAAAGAUACGAUACUAUAUAUAAUAGAUAGAUACAGAUACAGUUCUAGAUAUAGUAGAUAUAGUACAAGAUACAGAUAUAGUACUAGUUAUAGUAGAUAUAGUACUAGAUACAGAUACAGUACUAGAUAUAGUAGAUAGAUACAGUACUAGAUAUAGUAGAUACUGUACUACAUAGAGAUAUAGUACUAGAUAUAGCAGAUAUAGUACUAAAUACAGAUACAGUACAAGAUAUAGCAGAUAUAGUAGUAGAUACAAAUAUGAGAUUUAGUGUAUAUAUAUAUAUAUAUAUAUAUAGUACUCGAUACAGAUACAGUAAUAGAUAUAGUAGAUAUAGUACUUGAUACAGCUACAGUACUCUACAUAGUAGAUAUUGUACUAGAUACAGAUACAGUACUAGAUAUAGUACUAGAUAUAGUAGAUAUAGUAAGAUAUAAUAGAUAUAGUACUGAAACAGAUAUAGUACUAGAUAUAGUAGAUACAGAUACAGUACUAGAUAUAGUAGAUAUUGUCCUAGAUACAGUACUAGAUAUAGUAGAUAUAGUACUAGAUACAGUACUCCAUAUAGUACUAGAUACAGUACUAGAUAUAAUAGAUAUAGUACUAGAUACAGUAGUAGAUAUAGUAGAUGUAGUACUAGAUGCAGUACUAGAUAUAAUAGAUAUAGUACUAGAUACAGUAGUUGAUAUAGUAGAUAUAGUACUAGAUAAAGUACUAGAUAUAAUAGAUAUAGUACUAGAUACAGUACUAGAUAUAAUAAAUAUAGUAGUAGAUAUAAUAGAUAUUGUACUAGAUACAGUAGUAGAUAUAGUAGAUGUAGUACUAGAUACAGUACUAGAUAUUUUUUAUUUAUUUAUUUUAUUUCACCUUUAUUUAACCAGGUAAGCCAGUUGAGAACAAGUUCUCAUUUACAACUGUGACCUGGCCAAGAUAAAGCAAAGCAGUGCAAUAAAAACAGAUAUAGUAUAGUACUAUAUAAUAUAUAUAGUACUAGAUACAGAAGUAGAUAUAGUAGAUGUAGUACUAGAUGCAGUACUAGAUAUAAUAGAUAUAGUACUAGAUACAGUAGUAGAUAUUGUACUAGAUACUGUACUAUAUAUAAUAGAUAUAGAACUAGAUACAGUACUAGAUAUUAUAAAUAUAGUAGUAGAUAUAAUAGAUAUUGUACUAGAUACAGUAGUAGAUAUAGUAGAUAUAGUACUAGAUACAGUACUAGAUAUAAUAGAUAUAGUAUUAGAUACAGUACUAGAUAUAGUAGUAGUACUCUAUAUGUGUGUUGAUUGUGUUGUGAUCCUUAGGGCCCUCAUGAAGAGUUGUCGCUGUGUGGAGUUAGACUGUUGGGACGGGGCCCAGGGGGAGCCAGUCAUCUACCAUGGCCACACCCUCACCUCCAAGGUCCUGUUUAAAGACGUCAUCAAGGCCAUCAAGGAGUAUGCCUUCAAGGUAACCCUGACCCCUGACCCUAACCCCUGACCCCUGACCCUAACCACUGACCCUAACCCUAACCCAUCAAGGAGUAUGCCUUCAAGGUAACCCUAACCCCUGACCCUAACCCCUGACCCCUGACCCUAACCACUGACCCUAACCCCUAACCCCUGACCCUAACCCUAACCCAUCAAGGAGUACGCCUUCAAGGUAACCCUAACCCUGGUGCUAACCCUAACCCAUCAAGGAGUACGCCUUCAAUGUCAGUCUAACCCUGUCCCUAACCUUAUCCCCUGACCCCUGACCCUAACCCAUCCAGGAGUACGCCUUCAAUGUCAGUCUAACCCUGACCCUAACCUUAUCCCCUGACCCCUGACCCGAACCCAUCCAGGAGUACGCCUUCAAUGUCAGUCUAACCCUGUCCCUAACCUUAUCCCCUGACCCCUGACCCGAACCCAUCAAGGAGUACGCCUUCAAUGUCAGUCUAACCCUGUCCCUAACCUUAUCCCCUGACCCCUGACCCUAACCCAUCCAGGAGUACGCCUUCAAUGUCAGUCUAACCCUGUCCCUAACCUUAUCCCCUGACCCCUGACCCUAACCCAUCCAGGAGUACGCCUUCAAUGUCAGUCUAACUGACCAUUUUGAUGACCAUUUUUAUGUCUCUGUGUCCAGGAUGAAGGAAGUUGCUAACUAGCUCUAGCAGAAUUGCUAACUAGCGUUAGUGCAAUGACUAGAAGUCUAUGGGUAUCUGCUAGCAUGCUAACAGAUACCCAUAGACUUCCAGUCAUUGCGCUAACUCUAGUUAGCAUUGGCUCAUGAAACUACCUAUAUCUUCCUUCAUAAUGGACACAGAGACACAAAAAUGGUUUCCACAAGUUCAUCUGACUCUGCUAAAAUCCCAAAGUAUCCCUUUAACACCUGACCCUAACCCUGACCCAACAAGGAGUACGCCUUCAAGGUGAAGUUUCACCGUAAAGUCAAACCAGCCCUGUGAUCACCAGUAGAGAUGGACAUGACUGGUAAUGAUGUGUUGUUGUCCUCCUGUCCCCCAGAGAUGGACAUGACUGGUAAUGAUGUGUUGUUGUCCUCCUGUCCCCCAGAGAUGGACAUGACUGGUAAUGAUGUGUUGUUGUCCUCCUGACCCCCAGAGAUGGACAUGACUGGUAAUGAUGUGUUGUUGUCCUCCUGUCCCCCAGAGAUGGACAUGACUGGUAAUGAUGUGUUGUUGUCCUCCUGUCCCCCAGAGAUGGACAUGCCUGGUAAUGAUGUGUUGUUGUCCUCCUGACCCCCAGAGAUGGACAUGCCUGGUAAUGAUGUGUUGUUGUCCUCCUGUCCCCCAGAGAUGGACAUGACUGGUAAUGAUGUGUUGUUGUCCUCCUGUCCCCCAGAGAUGGACAUGACUGGUAAUGAUGUGUUGUUGUCCUCCUGUCCCCCAGAGAUGGACAUGACUGGUAAUGAUGUGUUGUUGUCCUCCUGUCCCCCAGACAUCAGAAUACCCAGUGAUCCUGUCCCUGGAGAACCACUGCACCCUGGAGCAGCAGAAGCUGAUGGCCCAGCACAUGAGGUCCAUCCUGGGCAGCGCCCUGCUCACCUCCCCCCUGGAGCACCAGAUGCCCACUGCCUUCCCCUCACCCCAGGUCAGAGACUAGCAGAUAAUCAAUCCUUCCAUCCACCCAUCCACCCAUCCACCCAUCCACCCAUCCACCCAUCCACCCAUCCACCCAUCCAUCCAUUUAUGCUUCCUUGUUUGUUUUUCACCCCUCUGUGGGUAAAGCCUGGAGCUUCAUAACCACAUACCCAGUAUUUGAAAUCUGAGAGCUCUGAGGCAAGCCUGAACAAGUUGUGGAUGUUAGACAGAUGAAAGGCUCUAAGUCCUUACUGAGUGUGUGAAGGAAGAACAACAACACCUUGUUUGACUGGUUGGGAUUGGAUUGGGGUGUUACCAGAAGGAAUGUGAUUUCCCUGCUAACAGGAUCUCUCUGUUAGAACCUCUGUCUAUGAGGCUAACAGGAUCUGUCUGUUAGAGCCUGUCUGUCUAUGAGGCUAACAGGAUCUGUCUGUUAGAACCUGUCUGUCUAUGAGGCUAACAGGAUCUGUCUGUUAGAGCCUGUCUGUCUAUGAGGCUAACAGUAUCUGUCUGUUAGAACCUGUCUGUCUAUGAGGCUAGCAGAGCUACGGUGCUCCGUCUGUCUAUGAUUAACAGUAUCUGUUUAAACUGGCUAAACAAAAAAGGUUGCUUGAGAAAUCUAUUACAUUCUAUGGCUACAGUAUCUGGUUGUUAGACCUGUCUGUCUUAGGCUAACAGUAUCUGGUUGUUGACCUUCGUCUAUGAUGCUAACAGUAUCUGGUUGUUAGAACCUGUCUGUCUAUGAGGCUCGGCAGGAAUGCUACAGCUGCUCCUCAUUUAAUAUAUUAACAGAUUAUCAUUUAAUCAUGGCUAACACAAAAAAGGUUGCUGGAGAAAUCUAAAUUAACCAUUCUCUGUCUCUCUCUCUCUCUCUCUCUCUCUCUCUCUGUCUCUCUCCUCUCUCUCUCUCUCUCUCUCUCUCUGUCUCUCUUCUCUCUCUCUCUCUCUCUCUCUCUCUCUCUCUCUCUCUCUCUCUCUCUCUCUCUCUCUCUCUCUCUCUCUCUCUCUCUCUCUCUCUCUCUCUCUCUCUCUCUCUCUCAAAUUCAACUAUUAUGUUGUUUUUAUUCAGUGUCUUUCAGGCUAUGGCAGGCAAAUACAUAUUUGGCUGCAAGAGGAGCCGUUGCUCUUUCACCCAUGAGUAUUUUUUGUUUUUCCUCUGGGUUUAAUAAGAUACAAUUUGGAAUAAAUGUAUUACAUUUCUGCGAAUAAUGAAUCUCUUUGUGAGGAAUAUUGAUCACAGUAAAGGAGAAAGUGCAUCUCUGUUUCUACCUCCCCUGUCGUGCAGUGACCACAUACACGCUCCUCUUUGGGUAGCCAUGUCUUUUUAUGUCUGCCGGUUUCUAUUUCCAAUUGAUGGUCACUCAGCCUGUACUUGGUAAGGAUCUGUCUCUACUUCGUAUCUCUGACAGAGUAGAGAUAAUCAGCCAACUCAUAUUCUCUGUUAAGGGUCAGAUAGCAAUUUAAUCGGAUUUGGGAUUUUGUUUUGUUUUUCCAAUGUUGUAAAAAUUAGUCCUUUGAUUGGUUCAUGAUUUGGUUUAUUUGGAUUCUUUCUUUUGAAGCAGUGCUGGUGUCAGCUUGGUUGGUUAGGUCCAACACCAGCUGACUGAGAGGGCUCGUUUCUGGGCUCAGCUCUUGGGUUUGAAGUGCUUUAAAUUGGAGACUUGAAUUUGGGCUUGAAGUUAGGUGUAGCCAAACAUUUUAUUAUAUUUUUUGUAUUUUCAUUACCACUGGAAAGCGGCCUAAUUCUGCCCUACAUGACUUGUAAAAUUUUCCACAGGAUUCUGCAUGUAUGGCUUCAAUUGGAUAUUUGUCCCACACUUUAAAGUCCAGUUUAUUGAGUGGCCCCCAAAUCUCACUUCCGUAAAGAGCUAUUGGUAGGAUUACACUGUCAAAUUACGCUGUGAAAUAUAAUUGGAAUGUUGAUUUUGAAUCAUUUCAUUUUUAUUGCAUACAAUGCUCUGCAGGCUUUUUAUUUGAGUGCAUUCACUGCCAUAUUAAAGUGUCCCGAUGCAGAUAUGGUCAGACCAAGGUAUGAGUCAUUUUUUGUGUGUUCAAUUAUGGUGUUGUUCAAGGUGAAUUUAUAUUUGUGUUCCUGACAUCUGGGGUUUUCUGGAAAAUCAUGAUGUUUUUAUUUUUAUUUUUUAAUGCCAGGGCCCAAUUAUGGCAAUAUUGCUCUAGAAUGUUAAGGUUCUGUUGAAGACCUUCUUUGGUUAGUGAUAGAAGAACCAAGUCAUCAGCAUAUAGCAGGUAUUUUACCUCUGUGUCAAAUAGUGUGAGUCCUGGAGCUACAGAAUGGUCCAACAUGUCUGCUAAUUCAUUGAUAUAAAUGUUGAUUAGAUUUGGACUCAAACUGCAGCCGUGUCUCACACCUCGACGUUGCGAAAAUGUUGCACACUUGUUUUCUGUGUUGAUACAUUUUAUUAAGUCAUACACCUUACCACUAAGCCCACUUUGGAGAAUUCUGAAGAAUAGACCUUCAUGCCAAAUAGAAUAGAAUGCUUUUUUAAAGUCAAUAAAGCAAGCAAAGAGUUUGCCCUCUUUUAUUUGGUGGACGUGUUUAUUAAUUAGUGUAUUUAUGGUCAGUAGUGCGGUGGUUGGGGAGAAAGCCAAUUUGACAUUAACUUAUUACAUUUUCUCUUGAAGAAAGUUUUGGAUUCUUGAAUUCAAAAUGCUACAGAAAACCUUUCCCAAGUUGCUGUUUACUCAAAUUCCCCUGUAAUUACUGGGGUCUGAUUUGUCUCCACUGUUGUGGAUAGGGGAGAUGAGCCCCUGGUUCCAGACAUCAGGAAAGCAGCCAGACGUUAGUACCAUGUUGAACAAUUUAAGCACAGCAUUUUGCAACUCAGGUGUGCUGUUUUUCAGCAUUUAAUUUCUGAUGUUAUCUAGACCACAAGCCUUCUUUAGUUUUAUAGAGUUGAGCUAUUCAUGUAGUUCUUGUUGGGUUGUUGGGUAAUCUAAUGGAUUUAGGUUGUUUUUAAUGACUGAUUCAAGGAUGUUACAUUUUUCUUGAAUUUCUAAUAGGUUAUGUUGUAAGUAUUUUUGUGGGAUAUUUUUGUAUAGAUUUUCAAAAUAUGUUUUUCAAAUUCCUUCAUCUUGUAUGGCUCAUUAUUCCACAUUUCCCAGAAUUGAUUUUGGUCAAUUGCAUUUUCAAUUUCAUUAAGUGUCUUAUUGGUAUAAUUCAAUUUCUUGCGUUUCAGUGUAUGUUUAUACUGUUUCAGAGUUUCAUAGUAUUCAUAGCACAGCUCUGGGUUGUUUUGCUGCUUAUGUUUUUCAUUUGACAUUUGUCUUAGGUGUUUUCUAAUUGUUUUACAUUCAUUAUCAAACCAUUUUUCAGAAACAUUUUGUGUUUUGUUUUUGAUGUUGUAUUUCUUUGGUUUUCUCAAAUUUGCUUUUGAUGCUGCUUUUUGGAAAAUGCAAUUGAUGUUUUGAGGAGCCGAAUUGACACCUUCUUUAUUGUUUUGGUAUUGUGAGUUAUUGAAGACCUGUAUAGAGUUCAUCAUUUCAUUUGAGUUCAAUGUUUCAAUGAAUUUCUCUACACUGUUUGGAGCCCAUCUGUACAAUUGGUUCAUGUUGUAGAGUUUAUUCGGCUGUUUUUUUGAAUGAGUAUUGCUGGUUAAUUUCUUCAGAAACACGUUAAUCUGACUGUGAUCUGACAAUGGUGUCUGUGGUCUGACAGUGAAUGCACUAAUGGAGGAGGGGUCCAUGUCAGUGAUGGCAUAAUCGACUACACUUGUCCCAAGAGCUGAGCAGUAAGUAAACUGACCUAAAGAGUCCCCUCUGAUUCUACCAUUAAGCAUGUAUAGGCCUAAGGCUUGACAGAGACGCACUAACUCCUUCCUGUUUUUGUUCAGUAUUUGGUCAGGACUGUUUCUAUUAUUUAUAAUAGGGCUACUGUACAAGGAGGGGUGUCCCAAUAUGUGGUGGUUACCUCCCGCAUCAGUGUAGUCAGGCUCAGAACCUGUUCUCACAUUGAAAUCUCCACAAAGAAGCACUUUACUCUCCGCCUGAAAUUGAAGGAUUUCUGUAUGGAGAUUGUCAAAAAACGGAUCAUCAUAAUAUGAUGAAUCUGAAGGAGGAGCAUAAGCUGCACAUAUGUAUACAUAAUUGUCACAAUAGAUUGUACCUUUGUUAAGUUUUAGCCAAAUGUGAUUAGUACCUUUUUUCAUUUAAUUCAGUGCUAAGUCCUGCUUACGCCAAAUUAUGAUUCCUCCUGAGUCUCGGCCCCGUUAAUUUUUUUUAUGUUUGAUUGAUGGUAGUAAACUUUCUCUAUAGCCUGAGGGACACUGAGUAUCAAUGUCUCCACGACACCAUGUUUCCAGUAGGAUUAUGACGUCCUGUCCCUUGAUGUUUUUAAGAAAUUCUGGAUUUGUUGUUUUAUAACCAAAAUGUGAAGAGUACAGGCCCUGGAUAUUCCAAGAGCUGAUAGUUAAUGAUCUCAUUUAUAAUAAGUGAUAUUCACUGGUUUGACUAAAGUACAUUGAAAUAAAAAAAAGAAUAUUAUUAAUUUUUUUAACAGAAAUGGGAAUAAAUAUAUAAAUGAAUAUAUAUACACUACCGGUCAAAAGUUUUAGAACACCUACUCAUUCAAGGAUUUUUCUUUAUUUUUACUAUUUUCUACAUUGUAGAAUAAUAGUGAAGACAUCGAAACUAUGAAAUAACACAUAUGGAAUCAUGCAGUAACCCAAAAUUUGUUAAACAAAUCAAAAUAUAUUUUAUAUUUGAGAUUCUUCAAAUAGGUACCCUUUGACCUGAUGACAGCAGAUGUUAUCGGAGGUCAUCAUUUGUCUGACUCAGUUUGUCCAUUCUGCUUUCUAAUUUAGCAAUAGAUGCUCCGCUCUCCUCUCUAUGUCAUCUCUUCUUUUAGUUUCUGGACAGUGUCAUCCUCUUGAAGCUUGUUCUCUCUGAGUUCUAUGACCUCUGCUUCAACUAG